AUGGCCUUGAAAAAUCACACCAGGGUGUCGGAAUUUAUCUUUUGUGGACUUACCCAAUCUCAAGAGCUGAGUGCACUCCUGUUUUUCCUUUUAUCUGUGGUUUACGUGACAACUGUGUUAGCAAAUGUUGCCAUCAUGGUCACUGUGAGCUGUGAGUCUCGCCUCCAGACCCCCAUGUACUUCCUGCUCCGCAACCUCUCCGUCCUGGACAUCUGCUUCUCCUCCAUCACCGCCCCCAAGGUCCUGGCGGACCUCCUUUCGGAGAGAAAGGCCAUCUCCUUCCGUGGCUGCCUCACACAGAUCUUCUUCUUCCACCUCCUCGGGGGCGCAGACAUCUUCUCCCUCUCGGUGAUGGCCUUUGACCGCUACGUGGCCAUCUCCAAGCCCCUGCACUAUCUGACCCUCAUGAGUCGGGGGCGGUGCACUGCCCUCAUCGUGGCCUCCUGGGCGGGGGGCUUCGUCCACUCCAUCGUGCAGAUCUCCCUGCUGCUCCCCCUCCCCUUCUGCGGACCCAACGUCCUGGACGGUUUCUACUGCGACGUCCCCCAGGUCCUCACACUCGCCUGCACGGACACCUUUGCCCUUGAGCUCCUGAUGAUUUCCAACAACGGCCUGGUCACCACCCUGUGGUUCAUCCUGCUUCUUGUGUCCUACACAGUCAUCCUGACGAUGCUGAGGUCCCACUCCGGGGAGGGCAGGGGCAAAGCCAUCUCCACCUGCACCGCCCACAUCACGGUGGUCACCCUUCACUUCGUGCCCUGCAUCUACGUCUACGCCCGGCCCUUCUCCGCCCUCCCCACCGAUAAGGCCGUCUCCGUGACCUUCACUGUCAUCUCCCCUCUGCUGAACCCCCUGAUCUACACCCUGAGGAACCAGGAGAUGAAGGCAGCCAUGCGGAGGCUGAGGAGACAAUUCAUGCUUUCUGAAAGGAGAUAG